AUGAAUCUGGAUCAGGCGUCGCUGGGUAGCCCCGUCGCGAAGCGAAGAAGUUUGCACGGUAUCUCAAGCUUUGGUCAAAACACAUCUGAUUUCACCAUUUUCGACAACACCAGUAACACGCCGAGCAAGACCAACUUUGACAUACACGACGAGGCGAACCGUGAGCGAGAGUACGAGCUCUUUGGCUCGCCAAGCGUUCCUGCCCCCAGAGAGCCACUGCCAUCGCCUACCCCGCCUCAGAUUCCGAGAAGAACCGGCUCUCUACGACGUUCAACGUUGCAGCAGAGACAGCAUGAUCGGAGUUCGUGGGGACGUAAGUCUGGCGCGAGCCACUUGGCUCAGAUGAGCGGAGAUUUCUCAACUCCCAACGUCAAGAACCGACCCCGCCUAUCGAUGGAUCAGUUUCUCCCUCCUCAACUUCCUCGGGACAGCCCUUUCAAUUCGAACGGGCCUUUGCCCAACCCCUCUGCUCAUCCCGUUGAGCGGUCUUCUCAUCAGCCUCAUCCACUGUCAAAGACGCUGGUGACCUCGACAUCUGGCAACAGCCUCGAGGAGCAGAACAACAGCAUGCCGCCUCCCUAUGUCUUUGAAAAGCCACGAGCUCCGCUCAACUUCGCCAAGUCGAUGCCUUACGGCUCUUCUCGGCCACUCUUCAUGCAUGAGGAAAAUGAGACUGUCACACCUUUCAAGGCGGCCAAGCCAUGGGCGGGAGCUUUCAUGUCUACAGGCCUCGUUUCAAAGGUCAACCGCAACCCCGAAGAAGACAACAAGCUCACGAUGCCUGAUACGCCCUGCAAGAAGCCAACCAACGGCUUUGCCACCUUUCCGCCUCCGCCUGGAAGCGCCAUCAAGAAGAACAACCGUUACUCUUUUGGCGGUAUGCCCUCGACUCCAUUCGUGGCUCCCGGUGCCCCGUCACGCAGCACCUUUGGUGGCAAUCCUGGAAAGGGUCUCGGCAUCUUCCAACGGCUUGGAUCGCGUCACGCACGCCGAGGAAGUGUCUUGAGUCUGGAUGAUGAUAAGAAAUUCUCCUUCGAUACCAACUUCAAUAUCGGCCUUGGAGCUGACAUCGACGCCCCUCCUACUCCUACGAAACAUGGGCUCACACCGAGCAAGGGCCUCACUCCCAGCUUGAGCAACUUGAGCGAGCAGAGCAUUGAAAGCCCCAGCGCCAAGAGGUCACUUCCACCUCCCAUGUCAGCUGUGCGGCCGAUGAUCUCUAGAGAAUCUACUGCUAGCCCCGUGGAACAGCGCUCCCCGAGAACUCCCUCAUCUCAUGUUGUUCUUCCCGACGCCAGCUGCCUGUCGAUCUCGAACCCGGCCGAGUCAACGCGGAGCACGACUACCCCGGUCACCCCAUCUGGGCGAGAGUCCUUCCAAAGCACUUCGACACAUCUCAUGACCCCCGUGAAUGCCGCUCGUGGUGGUGGCGAUGUCGAAGACUCACUCUAUUCCCGCUUCGACAAGGUCGAGAUGAUUGGCAAGGGAGAGUUCUCUUCCGUCUACCGCGUGGUCAAGAACGGAUACUCCCGCGCCUCGUUCCUCUCUGUUUUUAGUGGAACUCCGACGAAGAACCCCCGCGAGAGUCCCGAGCCCGAUCGCAUUUACGCGGUCAAGAAGGCACGCCGUCAAUUCACUGGACCCAAGGAUCGCCUGGCCAAGCUCAGAGAGGUGCACGCCCUCCAGGCUUUGACACACGCAGACCACGUUAUCCACUAUGUCGACAGCUGGGAAUACAACCAAUACCUUUACAUCCAGACCGAAUACUGCGACGAAGGUACCUUGGACAAGUUCUUGAGCAAUGUUGGUCGCAAAGGCCGACUGGAUGACUUCCGUAUUUGGAAGGUCAUCCACGACAUUGGCUUGGGUCUUCAAAGCAUUCACGAAGCUGGUUUCAUUCAUCUCGACCUGAAGCCGGCGAACAUUCUCAUCACGUUUGAGGGUAUCCUCAAGAUUGGUGACUUUGGCCUGGCUACUGAGUGGCCUGCUGCCAAGGGCGUCGACGCCGAGGGAGACAGAGAGUACAUUGGUCCUGAAAUCCUCCGCGGCGAUUUCAACAAGCCUGCGGAUAUCUUCUCACUUGGUCUCAUUCUGAUUGAGAUGGCUGCCAACGUCGUUCUCCCCGACAACGGCCCCACUUGGAUUGCUCUUCGCUCUGGUGACUUAUCCGAGGUUCCUAGCUUGACCUUCAGCGCCACCACUGCGACAAGUUCAUACCGAGAUGCCGCUGGUGUUCCUACUAUGCAAUCGCUGGAUGACCCGCUCCUCGGUCAGACCAGUGCUCCGGAUAUCAGCCUGCAUUCGGGAAUCGCCCCUACUCGGGUGAAUGUGGUCAUGGACGACGAGAGCAGCCCUUUCAUUACACGCAAGCGCACCGAGCUCAGGUCCCCUCCGGACUUCAUGAGCGACCCUUUCCACCCUAGUUCACUGGACCAAAUCGUCCGCUGGAUGGUCAGGCCCGAGCCUGGUGAGCGACCCACCAUUCAACAAUUACUGACCACCACGGCGAUGUCGUGGGUCGCGGAACGUCGCAGAUCAGCUGCGACUGUCUUCGAAGGUGUCUGGGGACCUAGCGAGUCAACCGCCCUUCCCACCUUGGUGGACGAAGACACAGAAAUGAUGGACGUCUAG